AAAUUCACCAGGCUUAUUAUGUGUUUAUAAGCACAAACCCCAAUACACCAACUCACUCAACACAUUUCACACUCUCCCAAAGCCUCCAUCCAUGGCUUUACUGAUACCAAUCUGUUCCCUUUUGUUCCUAUUUUUCACCGCCGGUGAAUCAGAUCCAACGGCUAAAACCUACAUUAUCCGAAUAGACGGUGAAUCCAAACCAUCCAUUUUCCCAACUCACUACCACUGGUACUCAUCAGAGUUCACUGAAUCCACAUCCAUUCUUCACACAUACGACACCGUUUUCAGAGGCUUUUCAGCCUCUUUAACCUCAGCUCAACUCUCCACCUUGAAAAACCACCCAUCAGUUUUAGCAAUAUUUGAAGAUAAAAAAAGACAACUUCAUACCACCAGGUCGCCACAGUUUGUCGGGUUAAGAAACCAACGAGGUUUAUGGUCCGAAUCUGAUUACGGGUCAGAUGUAAUUGUCGGUGUUUUCGACACCGGGAUUUGGCCCGAGAGACGGAGUUUCUCUGAUGUAAACCUCGGGCCAAUUCCCAAACGCUGGAAAGGCGUUUGCCAGACCGGCGUUAAGUUCACUUUAAAAAACUGUAAUAAAAAAAUAAUUGGGGCCCGGUUUUUUUCUAAAGGACAUGAAGCGGCUGGUGGGGGUAUAGGAUUUGGUGGUGCGAUUAAUGACACAGUUGAGUUCAGGUCAGCUAGAGAUGCAGAUGGUCAUGGGACCCACACAGCUUCAACUGCGGCUGGUAGGUAUGUGUUUAAAGCCAGUAUGGCGGGUUAUGCAGCUGGUAUUGCUAAAGGUGUUGCUCCAAAAGCAAGAAUAGCUGUAUAUAAAGUGUGUUGGAAAGGAUCUGGAUGUUUUGAUUCAGAUAUACUUGCGGCUUUUGAUAUGGCUGUUAAUGACGGGGUUGAUGUGAUUUCGAUUUCCAUUGGUGGUGGUGAUGGAAUAUCUUCUCCUUAUUAUCUUGACCCAAUUGCGAUUGGGUCAUAUGGUGCGGUUGCAAGAGGGGUAUUUGUGUCAUCUUCGGCUGGAAAUGAUGGGCCAAAUGGGAUGUCAGUUACUAAUCUCGCCCCUUGGCUUAUGACCGUUGGCGCAAGUACAAUUGACCGGAAUUUUCCGGCUCAAGUCGUGCUUGGGGAUGGAAGGAAACUUGCUGGAGUUUCCUUGUAUGCGGGACCCGCGAUUAGUGGGAAAAAGUAUCCACUUGUUUACCCUGGUAAGUCCGGGAUUUUAUCUGCUUCUUUGUGUAUGGAUAAUGCAUUAGAUGCUAAUUUGGUUAAGGGUAAGAUUGUAAUUUGUGAUAGAGGGAGUAGUCCUAGAGUAGCCAAGGGUUUGGUGGUUAAAAAGGCCGGGGGAGUUGGUAUGAUUUUGUCUAAUGGUGUUUCUAAUGGGGAAGGACUUGUGGGUGAUGCCCAUCUUAUCCCGGCUUGUUCUGUUGGUUCGGAUGAGGGAGACGCUAUUAAGGCGUAUGCGGCCACUGGCCGUGUCACGGCUACGAUUACUUUCCAAGGAACUGUGAUUGGAGUUAAGCCUGCCCCUGUGGUGGCUUCUUUUUCGGGUAGAGGACCAAAUGGGAUGAACCCGGAGAUACUAAAACCGGAUUUGAUUGCCCCGGGGGUUAACAUUUUAGCUGCUUGGACCGAUGCGGUUGGUCCAACAGGGUUAGAUUCAGAUGUUCGGAAAGUAGAGUUUAACAUACUUUCUGGCACUUCAAUGUCAGCUCCACAUGUAAGCGGAGCUGCAGCUUUGUUGAAGUCUGCCCAUCCUGGAUGGUCUCCUGCAGCCAUUAAGUCGGCACUCAUGACAACUGCAAGCACGGUAAAUAAACAAUUACAACCAAUGACAGAUGAAUCCACUGGAAACGCAACCACACCAUAUGAUUUCGGUGCUGGUCAUUUAAACCUUGAUUUAGCAAUGGACCCGGGUCUUGUUUAUGAUCUCACCAAUGCAGAUUACGUGAGCUUUUUAUGCUCAAUUGGCUAUGGUGCCAAGACAAUUCAAGUAAUCACUAGAUCAACAGCAGCAUGUCCAAUGAGAAGAAAGCCCGUACCAGAGAACCUAAACUAUCCAUCGAUCGCAGCCAUGUUCUCAACAGGGAAAAAGGGGGUUUUGAGCAAGACUUUGAUUAGGAGAGUAAAAAAUGUCGGGGAUGUAAAUUCAGUUUACACUGUCAAAGUAGAGGCGCCGAAAGGCGUCAUCAUAGCAGUUAGGCCUCGAAAAUUGGUGUUCUCCGACAAGGUUAGGGAACUGAGUUAUUAUGUGAGUGUGAAGAUGGACGGGACCAAUGUCAUGAUGGGCGAGUCGGGUGCUUUAUUCGGGUCACUUUCAUGGGUCGAUGGAAAGCAUGUGGUUCGUAGUCCCAUUGUGGUGACACAAUUAGACCCACUUUAAUUACUUUGUUUUUUUUACUUGUAACUUGUCAUCAAUGGGGUGAUCAUGGUGGUGUUUUCGUACACUCUGCCGUAAAUUAAUUUGUAGGUUGGCGUGUUACCGGAGAGUAUGGCCGGAGAAAACAGAUUCUCCAUUAGGGGUUAUGUGUUUUUGCUUAGGGGUCAACUUUUUCUUUGUUUCUUUGUUUUUUUUCAUUCCCUUUAUGUAAAAUAUAAUCAAAUGGUUUAAUGUCAAAA